CAUACAUCUUGUAAUUGUCAUGAAUACUGUACGCUGCUGAUCUGUCUGCACUUGUAUCUUCUCCGAGCGACAGACGAACUAGCAAGUGCAACGACUGGCUCUAUGCCCCUAAGCAUAGUUGUUUGCAAUCGAAUGUAGUAAUCUUUUCUAAGGCUUGAAGCAUAAGCUCCCGGGUACUUGGUGUAAGAGUACUUAAGAAUGGCGGAAAAGGAGGGAGGAUUCGGCCAAAAUGUGCUUGGCAAGCUCAAGCUGGUUGGUGGCAAAGUCGUGGACUUUGGGGGAACUGUUGCUGGCAGGGUUGUUGACGUAGGAGGCACCCUGGGCGACAAAAUUGGGGACAUCGGCAACAAAAUUGUCGACGUCGCAACCAAACCGCUUUUCGAGAGCGACUUCGAGCGCCUCAGGCAGCUUAACCAAAUUGCAAAGCAGCAGCAGGACCUGCGGCGUAAGUACACAGAGGAGGAGCUUGCAGCUGUGGAGGCAAAAGCAGACCUAGUCCUCGGCCAGCUCUAUCCCGGGUACUUUGAAGCAAACUUCGAUCCGGUAGCUUAUGAGCUGUCAAAGAUCGACGAAUCGGACAACCAGGACCACAUCGAGGAGUUGGUGGAACGGCUGACGCAAGGGGUGGAGACUGUGAGCGGCCGGCUGUCCCGCCACGUCAACAAGAAGCGCGAUGUGCUGCUGGCGGGCAUUGACCGGGUGGCGGAGGUCGAGGACGAUCUGAAGGCGGCCUUUAUGAUCAGCCGCUCCAGCCGCGCCACGCUGAAGGCGGCUGCGGAGGAGGUGGGGCGCAACAUGCGGGUGGUGGGGCAGAGCCGCCGCAAGCAGUCGUACAUGGAGCUGAUGGAGGUGGUGGGCAAGAUCAAGCGGGCGAGGGACCUGCAGGGACUGCUCAAACGUGCUCAGGAGCUGGGCGAGUACGGCGACGCCAUCAUGACAUGCGUGCAGUGCUUCCAGGGGGUGGACUCGCUGAGGCAGCUCACGGUGUCCUCCGAGCUGCGCGCCACCGUGCAGCGGCUGUACCUGGACACGCUGCGGCGCAUGGACGCGGCGCUCACCAACAUAUGCGCCGAGUUCGACCCAGCCAAGUACACCAAGAUCCUGGAGGGCUACCUGCUGCAGGGCAUCCCGCCCCGCUCGCUGGGCGACAAGGUGCUGCAGUGCUUCAAGGAGGCCAUCCACGACGCCACCACACGGGUGGUGCGCUCGCUGCUGCUCACUAAACCCAAACUGGCUGACCGCCUUGCCUCCGGCUCCGCCAGCUCCUCCAGCUCCGCGCUGCAGCUGGGCUACCCGGAGCUGCUGCGCGCGCUGCCGCCCGACCUGCUGCGGCCCUGCCUGCUGCGGCUGCUGGAGGUGCUGUUCGACACGCUGGCCUCCUACCACGCCAUGGCGCACUGGCACGGACUGGCGCUGCAGCGGCAGGCGCAGGUGGCGGAGCAGGCGGAGGGUCUGGAUGAUGAGGCCCGGCGCGCCCAGGCCGCCACCACCUCCUUCCUGGCGGCAGUGUACGACAUGAUGCGGGUAUCCCGUCCCGAGGUGCUGGAGGUGGGUGCCCGGCGCAUCCGAGAGCUGCUGCUGCUGGACAGCCUGUUCAAGGGGGAGGACUUCAUGCAGGUUGUGGACUGGUGCGGCAGGUUCGGCGGCAUGGCGGAGGCCUUCCUGGGGGGGCCCUGCGAGAUAAAGCCGCAGGUCAUGUCCCUGUGCGCCCGCUUCCUGCCCGCCUACCACCGCUCCAACCUGGAGUCGCUCACCACCUGCCUCAACAACGAGGCAUGGCAGGAUGUCGCUGCUGCCACGGGCGGCGCCGGUGCCGCUGCCGCCGCCUCCCGCCUGCAGCUGGACGCAGCCAUACUGCACUCGCCGCUCUACGUGCCGGGCUGGGGCGAGGAGGGGGCGGGCGCGCCGUUCGAGCAGUGGAUGGCGGAGGGAAACCCCUUCAAGCGGGGUUCGGGUGCCGGCGCGGGUCCCCCCGAGGGCCGCCAGCGCUCCCUGCUGGAGCUGCUGGCCAAGACCAGUGCGGAGGAGCUGCCGGGGGGGACUGCGGGCCCCCACCCGCACCCGCAGCAGCUGUCCCGGACCCCCAGCCAGCACAGCAACAUGACGGACCAAGCGGGAGGGGUAGCAGGGGCAGCAGGCAGCAGCACCCCCACAGCGGCCACCACGCCCGCCUUCUCACCGGACUUUGGCGGGCUGGAGGAGGAGGGCGGCAGGCCGGCGGGCAGUGCCGUAACCGGGCCCGCAGCAGGAGGCGGCGCCGCAACCGGCAGCGGGCGCGUCUGGGAGACCAGCGGCAGUGGCGAGUGUGGCGGCAGGGCAACCGGGUCCGGCUGGGGGUGGCAGCGGGGGUGUGCCGCCGGCGGCUGCUGCAGCGGGUGCCCCUGCGGCUGCCAUGCUGACCAUCUCCUCGCAGCAGGCGCUCAAGUACAUCAAGCACUACGGGCAGAUCAUGCGCCCCCUGCAGGGCCACUCCGAGUCCCUCUUCCGUUGCCUGGCGGAGAUCUUCGACGUGUACCUGCUCUACUGCUUCUCCGCGUUCGGGGGCAUGGGGCUGGAGGACCUGGUGUGGCGGGACGACGUCAUCAGCGCCCGGCUGAAGGGCGCGCUGCUGAGGAUCCUCACCGCGGAGGGGUCCAAGUACAGGACACUGGUUGAGGAGCUGGGUCGCAACCGACCCACGGGUCGCGGCGCCCCCAUCGCCUCCACCGGUCUGGGCUUGCUGGACCGCUUCGGUGACAAGAUGGAGAGCCUGGCUGACAGCAUGGAGCGAUCCGUGAACCGCAUGGCGGUGAAGCUGGGGGACAGCCGCGUGAUGCAGGCCAUGGCGGGG